GACCGUCGACGCACCAUUGUUAGCCAUCCGCUGCAUUUUUCCCGCUGUCUCCGCUGUUUGACUUUUCUCUCGAUGGGACAAUUGUGUAUCAAUCCAGCAGGGAGCUUCUUGUUUUGAAGAACGUGGAAUGUAUUGGCGAUGGUACCCUUGACUGCUCGGAGGUCAUUCUGCCCUUGAAAGGUGUCUUGAUCUUCCGUUGUUUCUACCACCUUCCAGAAUGCCCAUCACCCUUAUGACCACUGAUAUGCUGGUUAUCUUCACGUUUCCUAUCAUGAUGAACCAUCAGUGGCCUCAAAGACCCACACCGGCCCAAAAAACCACCAUGUCAGCCUCAACCAAAACACGCGGCGUAGCACACCUCCUGGCCCCAACCCAUGAGCCAAGCCAACCCAGGCCACCCUCAACACUACAACCACAAUCUUAUCCCCGGAGAUCAUGAUUCACAGAACCACGGAUGUCAAUCCUCUGCAAAUCCAUUCACCACCAUCGAGAAUCACAGUCUCGACCUGAACCACCAACCGCUCUUCUCCACCAUCAUCGCGAUGCCCCAUUCUGCUCAAAGUCUUCUUAACCCAGCAUGUCCUCCAAACCUCAAAUCCAAUCAUGUCAAUCCCCAAAGAUAGCCCAUUCUUCAAAAUAUAAUCGCCAAAAUGCCACCACAACCCCUUCCCCCGCCAUUCCCCAGCACCCUCGCCCGCCGGAGAACAACCCGCCAACUAGGCUUUUCCUCCGUCCAAUCCUUUACAGAAUGGGAAGAAGCGCUCGUCUUAGACCACCUCUCGGCAUUUAUAUGCGAUUAUCUCGCCCUCGGACUCACUGUUGUCCCUCGCAAAGGGAAUGCCUUCAUCCAGUUUGUAGACUUGGACAAUGCGGUAAAACGUCGAAUCCAACAGCUGGAGGAUGGUGAUUUUAUGGAAGCGUAUAAUCCUGAUAAAUCCGAUUGGACAGCAAGGGAUCAUUAUAAACAGUUCAUUGUUAGUAUUGUUGCCGAAGAUAAAUGGUACGGGGAGAAUGGGGAUGAGACGGCGGAAUUGUAUAAACGGGGAUGGGACGGGGCAAAGUUGACGAGGAAGAUGUUUCGGUUGCUGGAGUUUUUGAUACAAGAGUGGAAAGAUGGGGCGGGGGCGGAGGAUGUGGUUGAGGGGGCGGUGAGGAGGAAGAUGAUAGGCAGGUGAUUUACGAUUGUUUUGCGUUGUGUUAGCGGGCAGCAUUGGCGGUGGCGUUUUUGGGGGGCUUGUUGCAUUUUCAGCGUGUGGGGUUGGGGCGUUCAAUGUAUGUAGCGAGUGCAAUUCAAAAGCACUUGGUCAGUCUUGCUCGGUAGGUCGGGUACAAAUAGAAACAAGAAGAGAAAGACACUAGAUCACAUGAUACCAUUCUAGCAGGGACGAGAGAAUGGAGAGUCCAUC